AUGGCUGUGGAUGUGGGAAAAUCACCUUCCGAAGCCUCACUGAGUGGGAACGCCGAGGGCGAUGGUAGGUGGGACUGUGCAGAGGUGGAGACAGACUACCCGGAGCUAGCAGACAGCCUGCACCAGCUUUUAGGGGCAGAGGAAGCCAAGCCCUGCCCACAGGGGACAGAAAGUGUGGCAAUGAGCAGAGACAGUCACUUGGCCACUGGUGUUACCCAGGGAGGCUCAAGCUGCCAUCCAGAAGUGUCUUCAGCAUCUGCAUCCAGUUUUCCCAGAGCAAGACCAAGCCUCUCGGAGGAAGAGACACUGAUUUGUAGAGCUGCUGACGGUGGUGAUGCGCCUCAUCGUGUUAGUUGCUGGUUCCUCUCCUCAGAAGAACAGCAGGUGAAGGCAUUGGGCCGUUGGGACCCGGCAUCCAGCCCUUCCAGCCAGCACAGCUCUGCAGAGGAGACCAUCCUUGCUGGCAGCCACCACGAUGCCCAUGUUGGCUAUCACAGACAAAGUCUGGGAGGUCAAUCCCCAUUUCCAUCCACCCCAGAGCUCCUGCGGCCCCAAACGCCGCCCAGCCCCGGGAGCGCCCUGCGGAGCCGCUCCGUGUUGAGCCUCUCCGCUCUGUCCUCAGAGGAGAACGGUCUGUCCGAGGAGCCAUGUGGCAGCUUGGAAGCCAGCACGGGUGUCCCUUCUCCUGCAGCCCCCAGCACUGCCCGGGGGCUGUGCUGCCCAUGGGGUGCAGCAGAAGGCAGAGCCCUGCGGGCGUGUGAGCCCUUCCAUCCUCUGCUGGAUUACCACGCCGCCGUGGGGCGCGUCCGAGAGAUAUCCUCCUACCAAGCUGAUUACUGGGCCUGUGCCAUACCAGAUUCCUUACCCCCAUCUCCAGACCGUCGCUCUCCCCACUGGAACCCCAACAAAGAGUAUGAGGACUUGCUGGAUUAUGCUUAUCCGCUGAAGCCAAGGUACAAGCUGGGCAGGGUGCCAGAGCCUUUCCUCCAUGACUCGGGAAUAGGUUUGGACAGCUUUUCUGUUUCUCCUGGAGCCACGUCGAGGUCCACCAGCAUCUAUGGUCAAGGUGGGCAGGGUCAGGGAAGUGGAAAAAAUGGACUUUGGGGGUUCAUGGCCUCUGCAGAGAAGUUCUCCACACCGAGGCCUGGGAAAAGAGGCCGCUCAGGAGCUGGCUCGUACUACGAACCUUUGCCUAUUGCCAAAGCAUCCAUCUCAAAGGGUACUUCCUCUCGUCCUCCUAGAGGUUUGGCUAAGGAUGUAACAACAGAGCCAGCUGGGCCAAGGUCACCUGGGCGCCCUGCUGGAGAGGGGAGAAGCUGGGAUACCAGAGGGAGCCCUUUCCCAAACUACACAGGGCAGGUGAAAAGCACUAGUAGGUUUUUACCUACCACAGGAGUGCUCCCACUGAGGAAGGAGUGGGAGGGUGAUGAAGAAUUUCUUUCCCUGCCUCCAAGACUGCAGGAGCUGGAAAGGCUGGCUCAGUUUUUAUCCAAUCUUUCCUUAGCUGUAAGGACACCUGGGCAUGACCACCGUAACCUUCCAAGUCACAGCAACAGCAGGCAGACCCAUUCAUCCAGGUUGGCUCCUUUCGGAGAAGCGAGUGGCAGGGAUGGAAGAGGGAAUAUUGGUGGUCAUGCUGGACUGUGGCAACGCUGCAGCUCUCAGAAGCCCAGCUGGGAAAACACAGAAUCAUGUGGCUGGAUCCGUAGGGAUCCUCUGCAGAGGCUUCAUCUGUUGUCUGGUCUGAGGGACACACUGGAUGGGAUGUACCUGGAUGAACCACGGGUCAAGGGGCAUCCGAAGAAGAGGCAGCAGAGUGAGUCCCUUGCCCAGUGUGUUAAGAUGUUUUGCUGCCAGCUGGAAGAGCUGAUCCGCUGGUUGUACGAUGUGGUGGAUGUCACCAACAGUUGGGUGCCACCCUUGCCGGAUGCCGAGAGUGUGACGGCAUCGCUGCAUCGCUACCUGGAGUUCAGGAAGGAUGUGGCUGACCACCGGAGCCUGACAGAGAGUGUGUUGGAGAGGGGAGAAGCUCUCUUGGACUGCAUGGCAUCAAAUACACCAGCUCUGAAAGACACACUGGGUUUGAUUGCCAAACAGUCAGAAGAGCUUGAAAGCCAUGCAGAGCACUUGUACAAGUCCAUUCUAGCUGCUGUGGGUCCUGUGCAGGGCAAGGACACGAUGGAGGAUGAGGAGGGUGCAGCACACAGCUGCUCCAUGGAGAUGCCAAACUAUGUGCUCAGUUAG